AUGGGAGGAGAGGAAGAGAAUACUCAAAUGGAGAUCGAUCUGACGCUGAAGCUAGAUGCUCAAGAUCAAGAACCUGCUAAAGAUUCAGAAUCAGAUCACCAUGAUCAGGUUGAUGUUGAUGAUGAUGAUGAUGAUGAUGAUAGAAGACUACAAUCACCUGACCAUGAAGUACAAGAUUCACAACAUGAUGUACCAACCACCACCUCCCCAACUGAAGCACCAGAAAGGCAACACCUUGAUCCUCAUCAUCAAGAAAAGUUGUCGGUGUUACAGAUGGAGAUGAAUCGAAUGAAAGAGGAGAAUAAGGUGUUGAGACAAGUAGUAGAGCAAACCAUGAAAGAUUACUAUGAUCUACAAAUGAAAUUUUCCGUUAUUCGACAAUCGCCUAACCAAAUCAAGGAUCCAGAGUCCUUUCUGUCUCUCAACGGGCACGAUAGAAGCCAAGAAACCAAGAAAAAUAGCCCGAGAUCGUUGUCAUUGCAAGAAAGCGAGAACAAAGAAUUAGGUUUGUCGUUGACGAUUCAAAGCAAUACUCAACACCCAAGAAAUCAUCAAGAAUUGAAUCAUAAGGAUUUAUCUGAGAGUGCAACGAUGUUUACACCGAUGCAACAAAGCAAUUUGAUUCAUCCCAGCAAUUUCGGUGGCGGUGGUGAAAGUAAAGCUGGUAAUAUCGCUAAUAAUCCGGUGGCCUCGCUGCAAAAUAGAAAAGCUAGGGUUUCAGUGAGAGCAAGAUGUGAAGCUGCCACGAUGAAUGAUGGAUGCCAAUGGAGAAAAUAUGGACAAAAGAUUGCUAAGGGAAAUCCUUGCCCACGAGCAUACUAUCGUUGUACUGUUGCUCCUGGUUGCCCAGUUAGGAAACAGGUGCAAAGAUGUUUAGAGGACAUGUCGAUACUAAUCACAACGUAUGAGGGAAAUCACAACCAUCCGCUACCUGUGGGCGCCACUGCAAUGGCUUCAACGACAUCAGCGGCAGCAGCAUCAUUCAUGCUAAUGGAUUCAAACAAUCCUCUUUCAUCCGAAAUGGGAACCAUGAACCAAUCGCCUUUUACUAAUUACCACAUGUCCUCGGGCAUUCUAAACCCUAAUUCUUCUCCUUAUUCAUCACCACAUAUGAGAACCAUGAACCCUAAUGACCCUUCUAAAGGAAUUGUCUUUGAUCUCACCAAUAAUCCAAUAAAUCCCCAUCAUAUCCCAAUUUCUAGUCCCUCACCUCAAUUAGGGUUUCCUUGGAUGGCUAACAAGUUUCCUAAUGGAAGCCAUUUUUCAAGAUCAAAGCAAGUAGAUGGGAUGAAUGGGGUUUGGGAAGGUGGAGAGGAUAGUAACAGUAAUAACAAAUGUAAGUCAAUCCUAGCUGAGAACAUGAGUGCCAUUGCUUCACAUCCUAAGUUUAGGGUUGCUGUCGCGGCCGCGAUUUCUUCUAUGAUUAAUAAAGAGAGCCAAACAAGUAGCAACGUUCAUGCCGAUGGUUCUAGGGAUAGAGAGAGCGGUGGUAGUAGCUCCGGUGGCAAAACUUGGGUUCUCGAAUCACUGUCUAGAAGCGGGUAGCUUCAUCUUACGUUAAUCCGUCAAAGUAGCCCAAGAAAAAAAACGCUUUGAAUCCCAUGUCUUCAAGAGUUCAUUCGAAAGUUUUUGCUUGUUUACAUACUAAUUGAAAUGUAUACUAUUAUGUACUUACUAGAUUGCUUCAGAUUUGAAUUUUUG